GCGGGAAAACUCGACGACGACUCACUCAUGUCACACACCACAACACCAAAACAACUCUCGCUCGGCAAGUGUCAGAUCGUCUGAAUUCCUUAGGGCGGUCAAGAGGAAAGAACGACAAAAAUUGUUUGCAAACAAACUAAUGAAUUUGUUUAAAAAACAAUCGUCCGUCCAUAACAGGCACUUCGAGUGGUACAGGGCUUCUGCGUGAACUUCUACCGCAGAAUGGGUAUCCCCUAGGUGGGUGAAAUAUUCACUGCUGCUGGUCAGGCUUUUAGUCGCUUAGGAGAUUUAACUAUGCAAUUACAUCCAAAUGCAGAAUCACCAGCGGGAAAAUGGACUGAUGAAGAAAUUGAUAUGCUGCAUGCAUCAAUAAUACGAUUCUCAGAUGAUUUAAAUAAAAUCAGUUUAAGCAUAAAAAAUAGGACAGUGACUCAAAUCAGACAGGCAUUAAAGAAGAAAGCUUUUGAAGAUGCCGGUAUACCAGCGAAACAAGUACCAAUGCAACAGGUUCAGCAUGUGGUACAAACGGUGCAGCAAAUUCCGCAAACAACGACGGUAACGCACCAACAUCAGUCACAACAGCAACAACAACAGCAGCAGCCGCAAACAUUGCAGAUACAGCAGCCAACACAUCAGAUUUUGAAACAACAUAUUGUACAGCAGCAACAUCAGCCAUCGCAGCAGCAACAACAACAGCAGCAGCAAACUGUAAUUGCCACGGGAGUCUUAAAUGCACAGCAAACAUCUCAGCACCAUCAGACCCAGCAACAGCAGCAUCAUCAAACGACAACGCAGCCCCAAACGGUGCACAUACAAAAUAUACAACAUAUUGUACCUUUACAACAAUUAUUACAACAGCAACAACAAUCAUCAACAACCUCAACACCUACACAAAUCCUUCAAACAGCCCCUAAACAAAUUAUAAUUCAAGCAUCGCCACACAGUGCAACCUCACUUGGAGGUAGUGGUGGAGGUGGUGGGGCAAGUGGUGCAGCCGCCAGUAUUGUGACCUUGAAUAAUGUAACAACAGCAAGUUCACCCCAAUUGACCCAGCCACAAAUUGUUCACUUGCAGCCGCAACAAUUUCAGCAAUUACAACAAGCUCAAGCGCAACAUCAACAACAACAGCAGCAAACACAUAUUUUGCAACCCACCCAUGCGAGUAUUGCGCCAACUAGUGUAACGCUACAGCAGUUCCAGCAAAUACAAGCCUCCAAAGGUAUUCUAACUGUGCAACAGCAUCCCCAGCAGCAACAACAAGCGGCAACGGUGGUCACAUCUACAGGCAUUACACUUAACAAUGCUGCAGCAACAACAAAUGUGCUGGCAUCGACCCCAUCUUCAGCAGCCACAUCAUUGAACACAAACUUAACCAAUGCAUUAUCUACCCCGCCUACAGCUUCGACGGUAACAGUAACCGAGAAUAUUGUUUUACAACAACCCACUAACAGCACAGGCGGUGGGGCCCAAAUGGUAGGCGGUACAAUUUCAUUGUCCUCGGGCCACAACGCUGCCGUUACCACCAAUGCAAUAUCCCCAACGGUUACCAACAAUUUGGUAAGCAACUCUACAAAUGCGGCAUUGGUAACGCAGUCAACCACAAUAGUAUCGCCUGGAUCAACAUCUGUUGUUCCCAGCCCAACUACCACCAUGGCUGUAGCAACCACAGGAACCAGUGUGGCCCUGAAGUCAUCCGGUCCCGAUGUUACGAUGACCUUGAAUCGCAUUAAUACCGCGGAACAUGAAGUUGAUGUUGAAGAGUGUUUGCCCGGAGAUGUCGUUAAGUUGGACUUUGCCGGCGAAGAAGUGGCCGGGUGAAAUUAUACUUCAAAAAGUAUACGGGCGUUACAACGAGGAUCAACAACGUCGCCGCUACCAUCAACCCUAGCAUUAACAUCCACAGUCAGUACAUCAACGCUUCAACAAUCACCGCCAACAUCAGUAGUAUCAUCCCAUCAGCAACAACAACAGCAGCAGCAGCGACUUUGUUUAGAUCAACAGCCAGAACGUCAUUUAUCUUCAACUGUGGAUAAUUUAGAAUUAGCCAAUGUUAUGCAGCAUAACGUUGUAGUUACAGAUAUCGAAGAAGGAGAAGAAGUAAUAACCGGCACCAAUUGUCAUGCCACAGAUGUUAUCGAAGAAGAUUUCUACUUUUGAAAAGAAAAAAUUCCACCCUCCUCCUUCCUCCUAGUUGUCAUUGAAAUAUUACUUCCCCACAAAGAAAAUCUGCUUCCCAUUAUUUUUCAAAAAAAAAAAGUAACCAAAACAAAACAAUUUAUCACUGUUAAUAUUUUAUAAAAUUAUUCUCAUAAAGUAUGUGUACUUUUAAUCGAGGUGAAGAAACAAAAACAAAUUACAACAGAUAAUUCGUUUUUCCAAAAAAAUACUUGGUUUCCCCCUUUUAAAAUAAAAUAGGUUUUCAUUUUUGAACAUUUGAA